AUGAUGGAAGAACUCACCGCUUUUGUGUCCAAGUCUUUUGAUCAAAAAGUGAAGGAAAAAAAGGAGGUGAUCACGUAUCGGGAGGUGCUGGAGAACGGGUCGACGCGGGGAAGGGAGCCUCUAUCUAUGGAACCAGGUCGCGAGGAAGUGAGCGCCGUUUCGAGGGGUGUCGUGCGCUCCCCGAGCAGGGAGCGGGACAUGCUGGGCUCGGAGAGGACUAGGGACACGGGGAGCCCCAAACUCAUUGAAGGUAACACGGAUAUGAAAGAGAGGAAAGAGGACUCGAAGCCUUUGGAGGACGAGGCACAAACUAAAAUCAAGCAGAGGAGAAGUCGGACUAACUUUACGCUAGAGCAACUUAACGAGCUCGAGCGGCUCUUCGACGAGACCCACUACCCCGACGCGUUUAUGCGCGAGGAACUAAGCCAGCGACUGGGGCUGUCCGAGGCUCGAGUACAGGUUUGGUUCCAGAAUAGACGAGCCAAGUGCAGGAAGCAGGAGAACCAACUACACAAAGGCGUCCUCAUUGGAGCAGCGAAUCAGUUUGAAGCUUGUCGUGUCGCGCCGUAUGUGAACGUGGGGGCCUUGCGGAUGCCAUUCCAACAGGAUAGUCAUUGCAACGUGCCGCCCUUCUCCUUUCAGGUGCAGGCGCAACUGCAGCUGGACAGCGCAGUGGCGCACGCGCACCAUCACCUCCACUCUCACCUGGCGGCGCACGCGCCUUACAUGAUGUUUCCCGCGCCGCCGUUCGGGUUGCCCUUGGCUACGCUCGCGGCUGAAUCUGCUUCCGCCGCCUCGGUGGUGGCCGCGGCUGCGGCGGCCAAGAACACCAACAAAAACUCAAGCAUCGCCGACUUGAGACUCAAAGCCAAAAAACACACGGCCGCGCUGGGACUGUGACGC